AUGCCAGCACCCCGUCCUGAGUUCGAAAAUCCGCCCGAUAUAUAUUAUAAUAGUGAUGAGGCCAGCCGUUACCAUGUCAGCAAUCGUAUCCAAACGAUACAACGCUCCAUGACGCUUCGGGCGUUGGAGCUUCUAGGAAUUAAGGCUGCCGUCUCGCGAGCACAAACCGAAGGCUAUCCACCAUCGUGCACAACGUUGCUGCUCGAUAUUGGAUGUGGAACUGGAAUUAGCGGGGAGGUGCUUACUGAGCAAGGGCACGCCUGGUGCGGUGUCGAUAUUAGCCGAGAUAUGCUGAUGAUCGCUAAAAGGAACGAGCUAAGCAAGUACGGACUUUUUGGGAACACCGGCACUGUGGCCACGCGGGGAUCUGGGAUGGACUUUAGCGGAAGCGCCACUCGUGUUGAUACCAGUACUGUGAAAUGGGGCCUCAUCACGGAGGAGGAUGAAGAGGAGGAUGAGUACGAAGCCACUGUCGGCGGUGGCAAUAAAGAGGACGACCUUUUCUCGGCGCCGUUAAUGGUGGAGGUGAUACAAAACGAUAUUGGGCAGGGCAUCCCUUUUCGCCCGGGAAGCUUUGAUGGGUGUGUUUCCAUCUCUGUGCUGCAGUGGCUAUGCCAUAGCACAAAGAAGGGCGAGGUCCCACAGCGACGACUUAUGGCGUUCUUCCAAAGCCUCUACAACGCCCUCAGGCGUGGCGCGAAGGCGGUUUUUCAGUUUUACCCCAGCAAUCCCGAGCAGACGCACAUGAUUACGCGGGUGGCUAUGAAGUGCGGCUUUGGGGGGGGGGUUGUGGUCGACUACCCCCAUUCCAACAAGGCGAAGAAGUACUACCUGGUACUUCAGGCUGGGCAAGUCGCCGGCGGUUUUGUACCCCCUCCUCCGCUGACAGGCAACGUUGAAGACGAAAACGACGAUGACGACGAAAGCGACGACGAAGACGAUGAUAGCAACGACGAAAGUGACGACGAAAGCGAGGACUCACAAACAGAGCUUGAGCAGCGUGAUCGGGUGCGAGUUGGGGGACGUGAUGGCCGACGCGCUAAACGGCGGCGCUCCGCUUCUUCACACGAUCAAAGACGCCGGAAAGAUAAUCGUCCGGUUACCGGCUCACGAGAAUGGGUUCUGCUCAAGAAGGAAGUACGACGUAGCCGUGGUCUUAGCACUACCGCAGAUUCCAAGUAUACCAUGCGUCGGCGGAAACCUCGUUUUUAG